AUGGGGGGACCUAUUUGCCCCAGGCUAUCACAACGGUUGCACUGCUUCUUUUCGCGUCGUUCAAAAGUUCGUAAGAAUCGCCUUGUUACACAGGACAGUGUCAAGUGUGAGGAAUGCCGUGACAGCGACGCAUAUUCGGCAUCUGAUCCGGACAACGCAGCAGCCGACGUGGAGGACCAUCACGUUUCGGACGCAAGCCAUGACAACUCUUCACCGCAGAACACACAAGAAGACGAAACACAGCAGCCUCUUACAGUUAGAAUGAGCGCUGGAUCGGACAAGACUCUUGCGGAAUUGAGCCCAACCAUCCGUGUCGUUCGGGACAGUUCUGCACCGGACGAGUCCCUCUUGCCAGGAGAUUCCGAAGCGAGCAGCGGUACACAACUUGCAUCAGAGUCUCUCGAUGAUUCAUACACCGUACAACCAGGCUUGUCCUCGAAACGCGGAAACCGUUCGAUAACCAAAGGCAAGCUCAAGCGGCCUCCCGUUCAAUUCAACUUCAUGGGAGACAAAGCACGCAGACGGGAAAGGUACUGGAAGAGCAGAACUCCGUCUUCGGAAUCAAUGGUUUGCGAAAAAGCGCUUCGCGAGGAAGAGAAAGGGGCCUUUUUUUGA